GCCUUAUAGAGUCAUGUUUUAUUAUUGUUCUACUGAUUCUUAAAAUGAUUUGUUUGAUAUUAGCUGAAGGGAAAGGAAGGGUGUUUUGUGGCCUUUCUAGGACCGGUCCAGAGAUUCAAUUAUGGCUCCAGUGAAAUUUCAUAUGGCUUUGGAAGCAAUGGGAAACAUUGGCAUUCCUCCCAAAGCUGUAACAGCUGUCCUUAAAAACCUCUUGAAGCUUUAUGACGAUAAUUGGGAGCUUAUGGAAGAAAAAAAUUAUAGAGUUCUUGCAGAUGCUAUCUUUGAAGCCCAGGAGACCAAGAAGCAAGAAAGAAAGAGGAAAGCUGAGAAAAUUGACAGAGAAGAUGAUAGGAACAAGGAAAUUGAGAGAUAUGAGACAAUGGCUACAACACGUACACAUUCUCGCUUGAGGAUAGAAGAGCCAUCUUCACCAUUCCUGAGAACAGAAGAGCCUGUUGCUUCACCCUUGAGAUUAGAAAAGCCUCCGGCAGCAUGCACAACUCAUUCUGGUUUUGGAGUUGGUGAAAGCCCUUCAAAAGAACCUAAACGUGUACCAUCUGCUUGCCCUGCAAGUGGUGAAAGGACAUGGAAACUAAUAAAAUCUGAGGAGCCUGAUUUGCCGUGUACUAAUUUGGGGCAAGAAAAGGCAGCAAAUGAGGCAGUUCCUAGCACCAAAAGGUGCUUAAAAAUGCCUAAGAUUGAACCAGGCAUUGAACCCUUACCUGAUGCGUCUAACGCAAGGGAACCUUACGAUGAUGGUUCCCCCCCAUUGGAUAAGAGGUCUCCUGCAAAACUAAAGUCUCCUUGUGAUAGGUAUAUGCAUAUUGAGAAACCAAAGGAUCGUGUUGAUCAUGACAAUAUGCCUAAUCAUCACAGUAAGAGUCCAUGCCGGCUGAACACUGAGGAAUUGCCUAGCUGUUUCCAGCAAGUGGAGUUUGAGGUUCCUAUUGCAGGGAUCCCACCACUGUUCUCCAAUUGCCUAAAGAAGGUCCCUGCUCCAGAUAUGAAUCUUUUGAGAAUACAAGAGUCCCAAAUUCCCCUUCAGCAAAUUAUACAGAUCAAGUGGGAGAAGAGGAUGUGCCCCCCUCUUCCAGUGGACCAUGCCGGAAUUCUAAUCGUUUGGAACUUGUUAGUGUUCCUGAGGCGACUGCGAACUAUGAGAUUGCCUCAUCAAGCUCAGGAGAGGUUAAACUUUCUCUAUCAUGUAAUUCUGCUACGGGUCUCCUGACUUUCAUGUGCCAAGUUUAGAGGCAGUCCUAAAAUUGGCAGAGGAUCGUGCUCUCAAGACGUACAGAAUUCUUGAUCCCAGCUUUUCCAUUAUCA